ACGAGCCUUCCUCCGGCCGCCUCUCCCGGCAGGCAGCGCACGACGCGUCAAAAGUUCGCGUACGAGCAGUGGCCGCAGCCCCGCAGCCCCGGCAGGAGGUCGCGAGCCAACGAAGCAGCCGCUCCUCCUGCACGCCACCGACGCGACGCGGCGCUCGCUCGGGAGCCGGAUGGAGGUCCCAGGGAGGAGAGGCUAGCCCAAGUCCCGAAGCGGGCACGCCGCAACGAUGGCGAAGAAGCCCAAGUCCCCCAAGCCCGCCGACCCGAUCCUCAACAAGCGCAAGGUCGGCCCGGCGCCCACCGUCAUCUCGGCGAACCUCAAGACGAUGAAGCGGUCGAACAAGGAGCUGGCGGCGCAGCGCGAGGCGCGCAUGCGCAACGCCGCCGAGCGCGCCGCGCCCAAGGAGAAGAAGGAGCGGUUAGCUGUGAGGGGCGAGGCGACGCGCAACGCGCAAGCCGGUAAAUCCAGCAGUGAUACUCCCAUGAAGGACAGCGGCGCGAAGGAGAAAUCCGCGCUCGCUGUGGUCCUGGCGAAGUGCUUCAAGAGCCUCGCGCGACCGACGGUCAAGCUGCAGCACCCGCAAGCCAUCAAGAUGACCGAAGCGUUGGGACUGGGCCAGCGACAUUUGCGGAUCAUGAGGGACCAGUUCGAUGAUAUAGAUGUGGACGGUUCCGGCAAUAUUGAUGCGGUGGAGCUCUUCGAGGCCAUGGGCGAGGUCAGGUCCAAGAUCACGGAAGAGCUGUUCGCGAUGAUGGACAUGGACGGGAAUGCGAGGUUGGACUUUGACGAGUACGUCGCCGUGGCGCUGUCGUACUGCAUGUAUACCAAAGAUGAUAUAUUGAAAUUUUGUUUCGAUCUCUUCGAUCUGGAUUCAGGAGGUACGAUCGACGAGAAGGAGUUCACGGAGAUGUGCGUCGCCGUUUCCGCGGGCGACCCCUUGUUCUCGGGGAAUUUUCGGAUGGCUCUGGAGAAUUUUGAUACGAACGACGAUGGUCUUAUUGAUUUUGACGAGUUCCGGAACUUGAAUGAUCGGUACCCGAUGAUCCUGCAUCCGGCCUUUCGCAUGCAGGACAAGCUCCAAAAGUAUACGUUAGGAGAAGAAGAAUGGGUCAAGGUCAUGGAGAACAUUAAUUACUGGCAAAAAAUAAAAGAGUACACGGACAAGGAGGGCGAGGCGCCUCCCUCAUCACGGUGGGAGCGGUUCCGGGAGAAGUAUCUGCGGAAGUGCUUCGGCCACCCGCCCGUGGACCUCGAGUACAUCGCCUCCCAAUCGAAGAUGGAGCAGGCUAAACGAGCAGCGGCCGAGGAGGCGCGGCUCAAGGCCGGGGGCUAAGUUAACUUUAGUAA